AAUCGGUUUGAAGUGAUAGUGUUCGCUAAAUCACAACACAGACCACGAUUCAAAAUGAAAUUGCUGGUGGUGUUUUCCGCUCUUGCCGCUGUGGCGUGCGCAUCUCUGAUCCCGUUGGCGCAGCCGUCGCACUAUGGAGCCGCAUUCGUGACGCACGCCGCUAUUGCUCCUGUCGUUGCCCCCGCUGUGGUCGCCGCGCCCGCCGCCGUCUCUCACCAAUCCCGUGUGGACGUGCGAACCAGCCCUGCUAUUGUCACCGCGCAUAGUGCUUACGCCACCCCUCUCUUGGGACAUUCUGCUCUAGGGUUCGGCCAUGGACACCUGCUGAAGAAGCGCUCUUUGGGUCAUGUCGCUUACGCGGCCCCUGUCAUAACACACGCCGCUCCAGUUAUCGCCGCUGUACCCGCCGCUGUGUCUCACCAAUCCCGUGUGGAUGUGCGAACCAGCCCCGCUAUUGUCACCGCGCACACCGUACCCGUCUUGGCCGCGCACAAUGGUUACGCUGCUCCUCUCUUGGGACACCUGCUGAAGAAGCGCUCCUUGGGACACAUCGCUUACGCAGCCCCGGUCGUAGCACACACCGCUCCAGUGAUCGCCACAGCGCCCGUUGCUGUAUCUCAACAUUCCCGUGUGGAUGUCGUCUCUAGCCCGGCUGUCGUGUCACACACUAUCACCGCGCCCGCCGUAGCGCACACAUUCGUGGCGCCCGUUGUUGCACGCGCCGCCUAUGCGCCUGUCGUGGCUCACGCUAUCACCCCGGCCGCUGUGUCUCAUCAGUCUCGUGUUGAUGUUCGCACCAGACCUGCUGUCGUUUCCCAAUCCGUGGUUGCGGCCCCCAUCCUCGGUGCGCACUCUUCUCUUACCCUUUCAGGCCACGGACAUCUGCUAAAGAAACGUUCUUUGGGUCACAUUAUCACCCCCGUUGCCGUUGCCCACGCUCCCGCAGCUGUCACUCAUCAGUCCCGUGUUGACGUGGUGUCCCGCCCAGCUGUUGUGUCUCACUCCGUGGUGUCCCCUGUGGUGUCGCACGCAGUUCCUGUGGUUCCCCUCGCGCAUUCUGCAUCACGUUUACUCCAUGCCUCCCCCUUAGUGCACAUUAUUAAGAUGUAA